AUGGCCCAAAAAGUUACGCUCAUUACAGGCUGCUCCACUGGCAUAGGGCUCACUAUAGCAGCAAAACUUGGCAAGGAUGCAGCGAAAAAAUAUUUGGUUUAUUCAACCAUGAGAAACCUGGGUAAAAAGGGUGAACUUGAGGCUGCCUCAGGUGACGCCCUCAACGACACGAUGAUUAUUCGUCCUCUCGAUGUCGUCAAUGAUGACUCGGUAAAGAAGUGCGUCGAUGAUAUCAUCAAAGAACAUGGUCGAAUUGACGUUGUCAUUAACAAUGCUGGUGUCGCCUCAUUCAACCCGAUCGAGUUCUCACCAAUAUCAGACGUUCGGGACGUGAUGGAAACAAACUUCUUCGGCGUUGUCCGCAUGAUGCAGAACGUACUACCCUACAUGAAGGAACAGCGCUCGGGACAUAUUAUCAAUGUUAGCUCCGUUGCUGGUGUCCUAGCUCACCCUUUUUAUGACGCGUACUGUGCUUCUAAGCACGCAGUGGAAGCGCUUACAGAAACAGUGGCUUUAAGGAUGAAACAAUUUGACGUCAAAGUAUCAUCCGUAGUACCUGGUCCCAUUGCUACAAACAUAAACGAAAACCUUGUGGAAGGGAACCGACUUCCACCAAGACAAAAGAUUGAUCCUAUCACCAGAGAACAACUCCGAUACCUAGCUACUCAUCAGAAAUAUCACUUUGAGAAUGAAGUCCAGCCCGUAGAGGAGGUUGCUGAGAUCGUUCAGAAGAUCAUUGAGAUGGACCUUUCUAACGGGCCGGUUCGGUUUCAAACCAGCGACUAUGUACGAGAGAGAGCCGACAUGAAAUAUUCGGAUUUCGGAUCUGUCACGUGGAUGAAUCAUAUUCGGAAAGUCAUCUAUGAGACGGCCGAUUCCGAUUCGAACCCGAAGCAAGAUGAAUCCAAGGUCUAAUAUGUAUAUUUUUUUUUCAUCAAAAGUUGGACUGAGCUUGUUCUCUCAUGCAAUUUAUUGAGAGUUUGAACAUUUUUCCUGGGGAAAAGUCAUGAAUCUCGGAUAAUGGUGCCCCCCCCCCCUGUUUAGAGGAGUUCUUGUCAUUUGAAAUCGAACCUCACUCUUUCAUGCUGAUAUUCAAUUUUCGACUUGAGUGAGGGUCUUUGAAGGGGCAUUGUGGGAGAAAGUCGGAUCAGCCAUUGCUUGUUGCAACAGAGGAAGACAAAGAAAAUAAACUGUAAAAAAGAAUAUCAUGUGACCAAUUAAAUAUGAAACGAUCAUCCUCUUUGAGUUGAUUCGACUUUAACUUUAUUAACUGGUUCAACCUUAUUUCAUUUGUUAUUUAUGGCUCUUUCUUCUUGAUUGCCGUGGCUGUCAAAUUCCAAAUUCAUCAAUUUGAACAAAAUUCAACAUAAAAUGAAAAA